AUGUUGUGGUUGCUCGUGCUUAUUGCCCAUCUCACCUCACCUUGCCUUCCCGUCUUUCUUGCCCACCCACCUGCCCGCCCACUCUCCCCUCUUGCCCAUGUCUUCCUUACAGCAAGCAGAUAUCGCGUUCCUUGCCAGCUUAGCUUCUGUGGAGGCGCUCUUCCGCUUACCAUCUGUCGGAGUGAUAAGAGCGGGAACUCAGGAAAGCCAAUGGCUAGGCAUGGAUCCUGUGCCUUCUUCCGCUGGUUCCCUCAGCUUCUCUUGCAUCCAGAUAUCAUGGCUCUCAUCCCUGGAGGUUCUCCUACCCUUGGCGCAGCCUCUGCAGCUCCUUUCCCUUCAACACAGCCUCUAGCCUUGAGUUCUCAGCUGCAACCUAACAGCAAGAAGUCAUGCAAGCGAGGUGCCCCAUGCAUUGGUGCCUUCUGUCGCCAAGCUCAUGCGAUGCAAUGCCCACAUGGAAAGUGUCUUACCCAUUGCACUACUGAGGAUGGGGGAUGUCCGGUGCAUGUCACUGAUAGCGCAGACAACCAGCACCCUCAGGCUGACAUACAGCAGGAUUGGGAUUGGGGAUUUGACCAGGAUAAUCUUGCUGACUUGGAGACCCACUGGCACGAUUCGUCACUCGAUGCUGGGGCUGAGAUGAAUGAUGGGUUGAGGGUGCUUCAACAUGCACUCCAGUCUGCUGGUGCUGGUGGCCAGCCCGUAUUCCCAUCGUUCCAUGACAUCUUGAUGGCUCCUAUGCAACCACCCGCGCCAUCACAGCAGCCUCAGGCUAGUCUACCCCCCCUGUCACAACCCCCUUGUCUUCUGACGCUCUCCUGGAAUGAUGAUGCCUCUGCCAAGCACACGUUCCCGAUCCACACUCCAUCAAAGCCCCCCCGCGUCACUGAUCAACUUGACCCAUUGUGGGCAGGUGACUUAAAUAUGCGUGCAUGCGAGGAGAUUGAGAGCACGAGGGUGGCAGGUCGUCAGAAAGAGAUGGAACAGAAAGCCAAACAGUGCUUUGUGCUGUACUGGUUUGAUGCAGACAAUGCGCCUGUGCUGAUGCAAUGGGUCAUGCACUGCCCGUACUUCCCUCAGUACCAGCUCUCAGACAAUCUUGCCCUUGUUGCAUCCCUUGGCGACAAUAUCCUCAAGAUCGACAUUUUCGAGGAACGCUUCAUGCGGUGGAUUCCUUCUGCGCUCACUGAUUUCGAUGAUCUCUUCAAGUCCUCAAAGCUGGUGGCUCGCCCCACACACAUGCGCUUCAACAUGAAAGCUGUUGCUAAUCCCCAGACCCAUGUAUUUUAUGCAUAA